UCUUUUGUCAACUAAUAACUGCGGUUCCUAGUUUCUACGUGUUUAUGUUUUUGGAUGCGAGAUAAGGAUUGGAAAAGUUGGAGAGCAAUUUAUUUAAUAACGAGAUCUCUUACUAGUGCGUAGUAAGUGCGAACAAAUGUAUGUUUCACUACCGGAUAAAUGGACUACUCUUCUGCACUUUGACCUGCUACUAAUUAGGUUCGUUAGAAUGAAAUUACUGAAUGUCAUGGUUUUGUUUAAUGUAUUUAAAAUAUUAAAUGUUGAGAUUACCCAGAAAAAAAAUGUAAUUCCCUUGAAAAAGCCCAGUGGAAGAGCGAUGCUUUCAUCGCCGACUUUAGAACAGCUCCAGGGACAACAUAACCACAUUGAGAUGUGUGAUAUACGAUGUUAAUCAACGGCAGAGACCAGGCAGCGAAAAAUAACCCCUUUGGAUGUUAAAGCUGAGCAACUAGGGACUUUCAGAUCCUAAAAUACGCUAAAUUUCGUUGAUUACAUUAUUCCAUCUAAUGUAGGAGCUCCUCUCCUCCUUUUCAUGUUAAUAUCUAUUACAUUUCAAUAUUGAUUUGUAGCAGUUUUACUUAAUCAUGUUAAGCACCAACAUUUGGCUUCAUAAACGUGGUACCAAAAGUUUAAGUACUAUUUCGACAGUUUAUUUCGCAUUAAAAAUAAGCAAUGCGACAAAGCGUACAGACAAAGUAUCGAUCCUACCCCACUCCAGACUUAAAAAAUAGAAAACCAAAAGUAUUUCGUUCGCUUUGUUGUGGUGUCGUGGGAUGAUAAAUGUUGGCAGAACACACAUGCAUGAAACUGCAUCAAUAAAUCAAACGCACUUUAAAAUGCCUUAAAAUUCAGAGUUGUUUUUAUUGCGGCAAUAAAAAAAAUCACUUUCACCUUGUCACAAAGAAUAGAUUCAGGUCACAUGAGCAGAUAGAGUACUCACUACUCUCCACACAAUGAGAGGGAAAUUGCGUGACAAAAACUAGCAAAGCUGGCCGCUCGGGAUACCCAGCUAUCCUCAAGGCACGCAUUAAGACACGACUCUUUCAUCUCUUAUGUCGUUUUUGGUUAGCUUGCAUAUCCGCUCUUUUACAAUGUACAUUUAAUCACAUCAGAUCAAAUUCCGUCAAGUGUAAAACCUACUUUAUGACGAAUGCUCUAGAUAUGGCGUUGUGCUUAAGACUUGGAAAUAAAUGAAUGGCAGGAAAAUAGUUUGGAAUAAUAUACGUAAAUCUGUAUUCAAUACAAUUGUACGUAUGAAGCAUGAUCAUGAACUCCAUGGAAUAUUUAUCUCCAGCUAUAUAUAAUACACAUACAAUAAAUCAGUAUGUUGCGAGUUAUCUAUAGAGGUGUACAAUAAGAUAUGAUAAUAUGUUCCAGCUUGGUGUGAAAUCUUGUUAACAGUGGCAGCAAGUAAACCAAAACAUAUUUUUCGCGCCAAUAGCUCAGCAAAGAUUUGUUUAGCUUAGUUUAGUGAUAGCACUUGGAAACAGGCCCUUAGGUCCACCGAGUCCGGGUCGACCAGUGGUCCCCGCACACUAACACUGUCCGACACACACUUGUACCAAGCCACUUAAGCUACAACCCUGUAGUUUGGGAGGAAACCGGAGGUCCCAGAGAAAACCCACGCAAAUCAAAGGGAGAACGUACAAACCGCGUUGCCCAUUUAAAAGCCAUUGAUCACCAUAUUGAGUUUCACAUGUUACAGUAAUCACGUCGAUAACUGAAAUUUAUUUCCAAUAAUGAAAUGAGUUGUAAAACUAGCUUUUUUGGAAAUAAAACUUAUGUUUAAAGUUUGGACAUUUAUUUGGAUAAUUACUUGGAUAACAGUCCGCGUUCAGUCAUCCUCGCAAGAAAGUGAUUUACAACAAAAAAUGUUUCCAAUUAAAAUUACACCGAACGCAAACAUUUCCAAAGACUGCGUUAAUCAUUCGCUUUAAACUGAUUCGAAUGAUAUUUCCCUCGUAACAAAACAAUUCCUUAAAAUAUAUCAGCGCUAAGAAACUCGAGAAUCGAUGUCUCGAUUCAAAAUCGUUUGAAAUAAUUGCAACUAUUCUCAAAUAAAUCAUUUAAAGUUUUGAAAAACAGAACCGUGCAACCAAAUGAAAUCAGGUUCCAGAAUUGCUUUCUGUAAUUUGCAGAACCAUUUAUGGUGGAGUCGUAAAACAUCUGAAACUAAUUAGGUUAAACACAUUUUUGGCAGCCCUUAAUAAUUAAUAUUUGUCUUGCAUUACAUUGACUCCAGAAUCCCAUAUAAUAAAUCAUUUUAAAGUAUCAACCUUUGGAAAAAAUAGCAUUCUUAAACGAUGCAGUUGCGUUCGUUUCGGGAAAACUGCAUCUGUAAUGUUUUUAAUAUUUCUUAUUGAAAUCUGGUGUGCUUACGCAUCGAGUCCUCUGUUGCUAUUUCAUACCUAAGGUCGUUAGAAUAAAAUCCAUGUGUUGUCGCGCGGAUAAUUCAAAUGCAAUAUCUUAUCAUCGAACAAGCCAACCCACUAGUAAGUCCUUUUCAAAACAAUCUUCGCAGAACAUGCAUUUUUUUAAAGAAAAUAUACAACACGAGAGUAACUCGUCGCAUUUAAAGUCGUAAAUGUUGUAUUUUCCGACUUUCGUAUUUUGUUUAAACUAUGCCCCAGUGCCCUUAAGUCGGCAGUCAGUUUAAGGUGCCGUCUUAACAUGUAACAUGUAAUAGGACGUUUUGUAUAUUUAAAAGACUAGGCUCCAGUCUGAAAUGGAUUGAAGCGGUGUCACUUAAUUAUGAUAUUUUUUGUUAUUGUUGUUUACUUAAAAUUAGCGUGGAACACAAAAAGAUGGUUGUGAUCAAUUAUUUGACAAUUCCUCAACCAAUUUCGACCAACUUAAAGUCUAGUGAAUGUCCGAUCUUUGUUAAGAAAAAUGUAAAUAAGCGCGAAAGUGUGUCUCUAACUAUCCAUGUCUAUCUCGAUCUAUGAAUUAAAACAUAAUGUAUUGUUAACAAUCUGGGAUCUAUCACUAAAAACAGCCAAAUUACAGCUUUCAUGGAAACAAAUGCUGUUCCGGUUCGAGACAUGGGGUGGAACAUAAAAAGUGUUGAGUAGGAAGGAACUGCAGAUGCUGGUUUGUACAGAAGAUAGACAUAAAAUGCUGGCAGCGGGACAGGCAGCAUCUCUGGAGAGAAGGAAUGGGUGACGUUUCGGGUCGAGACCGUUCUUCAGACUGUGAGUCGGGGGAGAGGGAGACACAGAGAUGUGGAAGGGUACAAAGAGAAUGUAAUGUGUAAAAAUGACAGAUCAAAACAGACGGUGUUCAAGGAAAUGUACAUUGGUUCAUUUUUUUGCCGAGGAGAAUCCAACAACGAGGCACACAAACAGUAAUGUAAAUCAGACAGGGAAACUUGUAGGAGAACUAGGGUGGGGGCAGGGACGGAGAGGGAUUUUACUAAAGAAGGAGAGAGAGGGAAAUUAAGAUUCACAUAACUGGGUUGUAAGCUGCCCAAGCGAAAUAAGAGGUGCUGAGUGUUUAAUACUUCACCAUGUUGGUGAAUCGGCUGUACUGUUAAAGUUAAAACCAACAGAGCAAUUCCAAACAACGCCCUUGACCAAUAAUGUAAUUCAAAUACAUUGUAAACGACUCCCUGUGCGUUUUAUUUUCGGUGUGUGUCUCUAGUGAGUGAACUCUGCUGGGAUGAUGCAUAUUUCUCAUUUUGUUGGCAAUCGAGCAACUCGCGAAAUUGUUUCGAGUUUGAACGUAAUUUGUCGAUGAAUACUUUUUUUCUGUGCUGUUUCUGUGUCGUUCCUUUAUAGUUCAUUCGCUUUUACACCCGGCAAAAAACCCCUCUGUCUACAAAAAGAAACAAAAAAAAAAACACACAACCUACAAGGCUGUUGUUGAAUGCCAACCCAGCAACUUCACAAAUUGUAUAUCAAUCAAUGGUUUGAAGAAAUAUCAAUUUUUUUACCCAGUGUCUCCCUGCGGUCCAGGCUGAACCGCGCAAAGCGUUGUGCAUAUUUCAUGAAGACCGCUGAACGUAUAUACGAAGGGACGAGGUGAAUUGUGCAGAUUGGGAUGAGACCUGCUUUUGGCAUGGAGCAGUGGCGGGCUGCUGGGGUCACUUCAUCUGCGUCUUUCUCGAUAAGCAGCAUUUUGGGAGAACAUCAUCGGGUGCAUCCACUCUCCGGGGAUCGUGCAGAAGGUACAACCAGACAUCCGAAGAAGGCCCCGAAAAAUCGCAUCAAACCCAAGGAUCUUUUGCACACUGAGGAGGGGGAUGAAGAUGGAAGAAACGAGGCAGCCGAUGAAUCUCAAAAACGGCGCAAAGAAGGGAGCGUGCAAGAGAGGAGGAAGAAAGUGAGGACGGUGUUCUCUCGAAGUCAGGUUUUUCACCUGCAGUCCACGUUCGACCUGAAACCAUACCUGAGCAGCGCGGAGCGGGCCGGCUUAGCCGCGGCUCUCCAACUCACAGAGACCCAGGUUAAGAUCUGGUUUCAGAACCGGCGAAACAAGUGGAAGCGACAGCUUGCUACCGAACUCGAAAUUGCACAGCUCGACGGCGUCGAGUCGCAGGUCCUGGAACCCUUCGCGGUUUCUUCACACGAGCGCGAUGGCUUUCUGCCUCUCCGGAGCGACUUAAUACAUUUCCCCGCCUCGCUAUAUGCACACACCUUUGUGCCUUACCACGGCGCGCUGUUCCCGCAGAACGGCCCUUUUCUAUGCCUCGUUGGACAAUUAUAACAAUAGGAUUUUUUUUGUUUCAAUGGCCUGAAUACGAAUCUCACAUUUGCGGUGAUACACUUAGCAAGUUUUAUUUUCCUUCGUGCGAAUUGUAAACACAAAUCCGGCCCAAACUGUUCCGCUGUUAUUCGGGUUUGCAUUAUCAACUGUAUAAAGAUGAUCUUGUUUAGAAUGCGUAGUUCCGAGUAACAAUGAUGGUGUUACUUUUUCACGAAAUGUCAGUGAUUGAAAUGAAAGUGAAUAUAUAUAUAUAUAUAUAUAUAU